AUGCAAGUCUACUGCAGCCAACUCUUCUCAGCGGAAGGCCAAUCCCCCUUCGGCCUGCACAGCGACUCCGGCCACCCAAGCCGCCCUGCCCGUCCCGCACGUCGCCGAAAAACAGACACAGCCGAGGAUGUCGAGAUCAUCACACCAGCAACCUACGCUCGCGCAUUGCACGACUGGACCGCCAACCAACUCUGCGCCGCAACGCGUGCGAUGAACCGAAACUCGCAGCCAGACACUCCGGUAUCUUAUAGCAAGGCUCUAAGCAGUCCUUCCACGCUCGCGGAGAGGAGGCUGGAUGUCUCGAUGGCGAAGCUGACGCUCGAGCCGGAUCCGAGGGCCAGGCCGGGACGGUUGUUUAGUGAUCACCCUGGAGAGAGUCCGAGAAGGGGCGCGGGUGAGGGAAGGGAGCUGGGGGCGGGGAGGGGAAGCCAGCGAGUGUGA